AUGUUUAAUUUAUUUUCUAAACCUGACCCAAAGGAACAGCAAAGAAAAGCUGAUAGGGCCUUAAAAAAAGCUGGUAGAGAUAUUGAAAGGGAUAGAAGAGAACUAGAACGAGAAGAGAAAAAAUUGGAAUUGGAGAUCAAAAAAUUGGCAAGGGAGGGUAACAAUGAAGGGUGUAAAGUAUUGGCAAAACAAUUGAUUUUAUUACGUAAACAAAAAAUGCGCACUUACACAGCGAAUAGUAAAAUACAAAGCAUAGGUAUACAAAAUAAAACAAUGGGAGCGAACGCUAAGUUGGCUGGAGCUAUGGCCGUUGCUGGUAGUACUAUGGCAGAUAUGAAUAGAUCUAUGAGGCCUGAACAAAUUGCAGCUAUGACGAACGCGUUCAGUCGAGAGGCUGCCAAGUUAGAUAUGUCUGAGGAAAUGAUGAAUGAUGCGUUCGAUGAUAUUUUAGCAGAUUCCGACGAAGAGCAAGAAAGUGAUAAUGUUAUUUCAAAGGUCCUAGAUGAAAUUGGAAUUGAAAUGAGCGGCAAAAUGGCCGGAGUUCCGUUACCUGAGAAAGGAGCCAUUGGUGGUAGCAUGAAAACUACGUUAACAGAUGAGGAUAUUGAAAAACAGUUGGCACAAUUAAGAGCAUAAUAGAUAUAUUUUUUAUUUAGAUUUAUACAAUAAACUAUUUUUACGCA